AUGCUAGGGCGCAAAAGUAUGGUGAAUCAGUAAAAUCGUUCCUUCAGCAACUCCUAACGCCAUCAACUACACAAGUACCAGUAGACGUCUACACUCCAAUGUUCUUUUGCGACCUCAUCAACUUAUUUAAUAUUACAUUCUUCUUCGAUUCAUUUAUGGACAAAGAGGAAAAGCACGGCCUCAUAGGUUUCUUGAUGACAAACAAGGUGCCGAUGUCCUUUAUAGUGACAUUUUUGCUGCAGUUCGGUAUGAUGGUGGUGGACCGAUGGAUAUACAAAGGCAAACGACGAUUCAUCAAGACGCUGUUUCACUUUUUCCAAGUGUUUACGUACCAUAUAUGGUUUUUCAUAAUAUACCCCAUGGUCACCCUUAGGGUGUUCAGUGAGACGCCUGCGGUACAAACUUUCUACGUUACGAAGUGCAUGUACUUUCUGUUUUCGGCCUAUCAGAUAAGAAAUGGAUAUCCCAUGUUAAUAUCAAUGCAUUUCUUGUGGCAUAGAUACACUACAUUUAACAGGUUUGCGUUUAAGUUUUAUACUCUAAUCCCUUAUGUUUUUGAACUACGAACUUUGUUGGACUGGACAAUUACCGACACUUGCCUAGGAGUGUCACAAUAUUUCAAAAUGGAGGACAUAACUGAGAAUAUCUAUGAUCAAAUGUGUGAAAGAGAGUUUGAAAAGCUGACGUCCAGUGAGGAAUCGUCGGGUAAAAGAAAGAAAAGGCCGCUGAAGUACGCGUUAGGAUGUGUACUCUUCGUCCUACUCACCUUUUCCCUUAUUUUGCCCUUCCUAAUAUUUGCCAUGAGUGGCACGGUAGGAGUAACCACGCAUCCACCAAGAAUGAGGCUUAGUCUGUAUUUAGGAACCAUGCAGCCUAUAUAUGUCUGCGUGUCUGAUGCACUCUCGAUGACAGUAAUGUCACACGACGAUUUCAAAAAUAUAUCCAGAACAUUCAACAACAUCCAGACCUCUAAAGAUAUUUUUGAUAAAUAUGAACCGGAAGACGUCGUCGUUGUCAAAUGGACAAGUUACAGUUCGGAAAACUGGGACAUAUCGCCUAAAGGAUACACGAGUCUCAUCGAUCAAGUCAAAACAUUCGAUUCUUUUACUGCCCGUCUCGUCAUCGAAUAUGUCCACGAAAGUAACUCCGAGGAGUGCGGCAAAGAAGAAAAAAUCUUUGAACAAACGUCCGCUCCAUUUGUAGCGCUUCAACGCGAAGCGCUUGUAAACAUGAUGAUGACCGAGACAGCGACCGAACCGCUUUGGAUACCGCUUAUUUUUCCGAAAUUUAUUUCCAUCGAUAAGGACGGAAUACCGGAAGCGUUCCGCUUAUGGAACCCCUGCGGAGGUGAGAAUGAUAAAGCUUGA